UUGAAACGCGGCUAAGUCCGAAAUUCGGUUAUCAAUUAGCUCGUUAGCUCUUGCUAACCGGAGGUUCUCACAGACGAGCCUCAGUCGUGAUAGAGGGGAAUACCGCGCCUGACCAAGCUUCUCUUUUUUGAGGUAAAUCGCCUUUUUUUUGUUGCUCACAUAUUCACCUGAAGAGCUGUCUUAGCUGUCCGUCUAGUUUAGCCGUGAGCUAACUGUACCCAACGCUAGCUAACUAGAUUUGAACCAGACAAGGAGCAGUUAUGGAUAACGGCCACCAACGCCACGACUCUAACGGUCACGGAAGAGGGAACAAAGUGAAUAGAAAAAAGGCCUUCGCUGUCGGACCUUCGUGUGGAACCGAGGAAGGGGAGAAGAAGCCCAAAUUUAUGGACCGAUUUGCGAGCAUCCGUAUGCCGGGCACCAAGAAGGAGAGGCCUCACCUUCCCCACGUGACCAAGCCCACCGGCGCCAGUGAUUGGUCCAACUCCUCAGAGUUUGAGGCGCUCUCCUCCAGGAUCACCUCGGAGAAGGAGAUCCUCGCUCUCUUUGAGAAGAUGAUGGAGGACAUGAAUCUGAACGAAGACAAGAGAGCACCACUCAGAGAGAAGGACCUGAGCAUGAAGAGAGAGAUGGUCCUUCAGUACGUUAUUACAGCUGCUAAAACUGGCAGUCUGAGGAGCAGCUGCCAUCAGAUAUCUCCUCAGGAGUUUCUCACUGAGCUGAAAAGUGGAGCGACUGAUGAGAGACUGUUUGCCUGCCUGGAUUCCCUCAGAGUGUCCCUCACUAGCAAUCCAGUCAGCUGGGUGCAGAGUUUUGGCCAUGAAGGUCUGGGACUUCUGUUGGAUAUACUGGAUCGUCUCCUGCUCAAAAAACACCAGGAGAAGGUUGAUAAGAAGAAUCAAUACAAAGUCAUUCAGUGUCUGAGGGCUUUCAUGAACAACAAGUAUGGCCUGGAGAGGAUCUUGGGGGAAGAAAAGAGUUUGGUACUGCUGGCUCAAGCCACGGAUCCCUGUCAGCCCGCCAUGAUGACAGACGUCGUCAAACUGCUCUCUGCCAUCUGCAUCGUGGGAGAGGAGAACACGCUGGAGAAGGUUCUGGAAGCCAUCACUGCUGCGGGAGAAAGGACGGGCACCAGCCGCUUCGGCCCUAUAGUGCAGGGACUCUCGGACCGCUCUGUUCAGCUCAAGGUGUCUUGCAUGCAGCUGAUCAACGCUCUUGUUACAUCUCCUGAUGAGUUAGACUUCAGGCUGCACAUUCGAAAUGAGUUCAUGCGCUGCGGCCUGCGAGAGAUGCUGCCGACUCUGGGAGCUGUCAGGAAUGAGGCUCUGGACAUCCAGCUGAAGGUGUUUGAGGAACAUAAAGAGGAGGACAUGAUUGAGUUCUCCCAUCGCUUGGAGGACAUCAAAAGUGAAUUUGACGAUGCAGGAGACGUGUUUAACGUGGUGUACAGCAUGGUGAGGGACACAGCCGCUGAGACGCACUUCGUCUCCGUCCUGCAGCACCUGAUGCUCAUCCGAAAUGAUUACUUUGUGCGCCCCCUGUACUUUAAGAUCAUAGAUGAGUGUGUGUCUCAGAUCGUACUGCACCGCACUGGCACCGACCCAGACUUCUCCUACCGCAAACGUUUGGACGUGGACUUCAGUCACCUGCUAGAGGUGUGUGUGGAUAAGGCACGUGCAGACGAGUAUGAACAGAAGGCCUUGGAGUUUGCUCAAAAGUUUGAUGAAGAGGUUCUGGGCAGACAAGACGCGCUGGCCCAGCUGCUGAAGAAAGACCAGGUGAUUACCACGCUCCAGACGGAGCUGCAGGCUCUCAAAUCUGGGGUAUCGGUGGGCACCCCUGGAGUGCAGUCUGUCCCGAGCUGCCCAUCCUCAUCAUUCCUUCCCCCCACACCACCUCUUCCACCCCCGUUCUCUGGGGCUCCUCCUCCACCUCCACCCCCCCUCCCACCAGGAUCCGCCUCCAUGCCUGGUGCCCCUCCUCCUCCUCCUCCUCCCCCCCUGGGCCUCGGGGGUCUGACUGCUGUGCCUCUCCAGCACGUGCUGCCUUUUGGCUUGCAGCCCAAGAAGGAGUUCAAGCCUGAGACCAGCAUGAAGCGCCUCAACUGGGCCAAGAUCUGUCCUCAGGAGAUGUCUGAGAGCUGUUUCUGGGUCCACGCCAACGAGGGCUCUUAUGAGGACGAGGAUGUGCUCUGUCGCUUGGCCUUCGUCUUCGGCUCUCAGAGACAUGAGCCCGAAGGUCGGCAAGAGGAACAGGAGCUAGAUGAGAAGCGAUCAGUCAAGAAGAGAAUCAAAGAGCUGAAACUUCUGGACCAGAAGAUGGCGCAGAACCUGUCCAUAUUCCUGGGUUCGUUCCGCAUGCCUUAUGAAGAAAUCAGGAGAAUAAUUGUGGAGGUCGAUGAGGAGCAGCUAACAGAAUCCAUGAUUCAGAGUCUGGUGAAGCACCUUCCAGAUCAGAAACAGCUGAACGAACUGGCCAAGUACAAGAACGAGUACGCCAGCCUUUGUGAACCUGAGCAGUUCGGAGUUGUGAUGAGUGGUGUGAAGAGACUCCGGCCCCGGUUAAACUCCAUCCUGUUCAGGCUGCAGUUUGAGGAGCAGGCAAGCCAUCUGCGUCUUGAAAUGCUGGGGGUGAAGGCGGCCUGUGAGGAGGUGAUGAGGAGCAAGGCCUUCAGCAGGCUCCUGGAGAUCGUUCUCCUCAUUGGCAACUACAUGAACGCAGGCUCCCGCAACGCCCAGUCCUACGGCUUUGACCUCAGCUCCCUCUGCAAGCUGAGAGACACUAAGUCUGUUGAUCAGAAGUCAACCCUGCUGCACUUCCUGGCUGAGGUUUGCGAGGAGAAAUACCCCGACGUGUUAAAAUUUACAGAUGACCUGCAGCAUGUGGACAGAGCCAGUCGAGUUUCAGCAGAGAACUUGGAGAAGAGUCUGAAGCACAUGGACCAUCAGCUGCUACAGUUGCAAAAAGAUCUGGACACCUCCAGCUCCCCUGAGGACCAGCAAGACAUGUUCCUCAAGAAGAUGGCCGGCUUUUCCUUGCAGGCCAGGGAGCAGUACCAGAAGCUGGUGGUUACACAAGCCAACAUGACCUCUGUGUAUCUCAGCCUGUUGGAGUACUUCACUGUUGACCCCAAGAAGACCUCCAUCGAGGAGCUCUUCACAGACCUCAGCAACUUCAGAGCCAUGUUCCUGCAAGCGGUGAAGGAGAACAGGCGGAGGUGGGAGGUGGAGGAGAAGCAGCGCCGGGCGAGGAUGGCCAGAGAGAAGGCAGAGCAGGAGCGGCAGGAGCGGCAGCAGAGGAAGAGGCAGCUGCUGGAGGUCAGAGGAGAAAAGGAAGAGACUGGUGUGAUGGACAGCCUGCUUGAAGCGCUGCAGUCAGGAGCCGCUUUCCGAGAGCGGCGGAGGAGAGGCCCCAGGACAUGCGAUGAACCGACGGAGACGUUCGUCCCAAGGCCCGUCCUGAAGGACUGCAACCACGAAAACACGAAGGUACCUCUGCAAAGGUCACGGUCUCGGCAGAAUAUCAAUUUUGGCUGUGCGCGACCCCCAGCCUGCCGGGAGGCUCAUUACGAGAGUGAGGCCCAGCGCGCUGCUACGCCCCCCAGCCGAGAGCGGGAGAGACGGAGCCAGAAAGAGCAGACCCCGCCAGCCAACGCACCGCACACAGACGCCGGUGUGGAGGCUCUCCUCGCCCGUCUGCGUGCGCUCUGACCACCUCCCUGCUACCAAAACCUGCUCGCCCUUGACCUCUGACCUCCACGUUCCCGUACGAGGUAGUUGUGAUAUCGGUGAGGUGGUCCAAGCUGAGAAACCCCCAUCCCACCCCCAGUGUCGCCAAACAUUUGCACACACAACGCGAGAAAAGUCUUGCUAAUGACGUCUUCCUUUCACAUGGUACGGCCCUUUCCCUCGCCGUCAUGGAGACGGCGUGCGGACAGGGCUGCCAGGCGCUCUUGCUGGGCAAAUGUGAGCCGGCCUUUGUUUAAGCCAAGGAGAUUUCUCUUGUUAGCUGCAGCCCCGUAGCCAAAAGGCACUGAAUUUAAAACUACAAAAGCAUUCAUUUUGAAGCCCACAUAUAAAGAACACACAGUACACUGGCAAGAGAUCAGUGGUCCUGUCAAAAGGGCUUUUGUGAUGUUAAAAUAGCAAGAAUUCAAACUGGUUUAUAAGGCUACAUGAUACAUAUCCACAAG